UCCAAUUUGCGCGUCGGGUUACCCUUGCUUUUCAAAUCUGGGAUGUUAGUGCUAGACAUUGUGCUGCAUUCCUCAUACUCAAAUCAUUGGAAAAGCUGUCCUAGGAUGUGAAACAUUUCAGGCAAAUGAGAAGACCAGAGAAGAAUCUGAUCAAUACUACAUCUCCUAUCUGUGAGGAUGACUUUGCACCGUUGGCAACAUCAAUGGCCAAAAGAAGAAAGUUCACAGCUGGAAACAACACCUCUCAUAUCCUCUGACAAACAGAGCCAGAAGUACAAUUGGGACAAAUGGAGGGUUGUCUUCCCUAGUAAUGCCAGAUUUCAAAGGGAGUCCGAAAGAGUCCUGAAGGCAUAUUGCAGAAAUGGGAUACGGACCACAAAAUAUACUUUGCUGACCUUUUUACCCCAAAACCUUUUUGAACAAUUUCACAGGUUAGCCAACAUCUACUUCCUCCUCUUGGUGGUCAUCAACUGGUUCCCACAACUGGAAGUUUUUCAGAGGGGUAUCACAAUGGUACCUUUAGCCAUUGUGCUUUUAGUUAUAGCUGUUAAGGAUGGGACUGAAGAUUAUAAGAGAUACAAAUUGGACCAGCAGAUCAACUCUUCUAAAACGAAGGCAUACAAUAAGAACCAAAACACCUACAUUGAGAAGUGCUGGGAAGAUGUGCAAGUGGGAGACUUUGUGCAGCUGCAGUGCAAUGAGGUCAUUCCCGCCGAUAUCCUACUGCUCUACUCCUCUGAUCAGAACAGGAUCUGUUACUUGGAGACAGCAAAUCUCGAUGGUGAGACCAACCUUAAACAAAGACAGGUUGUGAAAGGGUUCUCCCAUCAGAAUACUGAAUUUGAGCCAGAAAUGUUCCAAAAUAUCAUUGUUUGUGAAAAACCUAACAAUGAUCUCAAUAGAUUUACAGGCUACAUGGAACAGCCUGAUUGCACACGAAUUGGACUUGACAAUGAAAACCUUCUUCUUCGUGGGUGCAUAGUAAGGAACACCGAGGUCGCCAUAGGAAUUGUUAUCUAUGCAGGCCAGGAAACCAAAGCUAUGUUGAAUAACAGAGGUCCUCGUUAUAAACGCAGCAGGAUAGAACAACAGAUGAACAUGGACAUAUUCUUCUGUGUGGGACUGCUCUUCGUUAUGUGUCUCAUUGGAGCAUUAGGUGAGAAGAUCAGUGCUGCCACUGAAGAAAGGCUCUCAAGUAGCACAGGUGGAAAGAACCUGAGCAGUGGCAAUCAAUAUCUGCCAGUGUCCUGCAAAAUGAGCUCCAUUACACUAGCAUGCUGCCCUCAG